GAUGUGGCCAGUUUUGUCGGCGACAUUCAACAAGUAUCUGCCCGAUGUGAGAACUAUGGAGAGAUGUGGCCGAGUGGUCAAGUUUGCUAUCCGCUGCGUUGGAAGGCAGAGCGCUCACCUGUUGGAGCCAAUCGUUAAACAGAUCUUGUCACUGUAUAACCAAUACCAGCAUAGUUGUUUCCUCUACCUUGGAUCCGUGCUUGUGACCGAAUUCGCCAAUGAACCUGGCUGUAUUGAAGGCCUUGACAAUAUGAUGCAAGCUUUCAUCACUCCAACAUUCACUCUUCUACAAGAGAACAAUGGUCUGAAAAAUCAUCCUGACACUGUUGAGGAUUUCUUCAGAUUAUGUUCCAG